ACCGGUACCGGUUGUUCGAACCGAGACAUCCAACUAGCCGAGGAACCGAAGACCUUCUUUCGUCGAACUUGGGUUCGAAACCAUUUCUCGAAGAGUCGAUCGCACUUUCACCACACCGCCGGGACAGCACCCGGAGACAGGGGACGGGUCGGCUCCGGGGAGCUUGUGCCGAGUCCGCUUGCCCCGCCCCGCCCCGGGUUCCGCCUUGAGUUGGCUGUGUUAAAGCGAGCGGAAGACAUGCGGACACCACCGGCUCCCGGGGGAACGGGUGACGCGAUCCGGCCGGCCGCCGAAACAUUCAGGCGGUAUUACGCAAGGGGUUACGGGACAUGGCAGAGACUGUCUCGAGCGGUAGCUGCAUACCGUCAAUUUCCUACCGACCUUGUGAAUUUCGAGCGUGCAUUUCAGCAGCAUCCAUACCUUCAUAACCGUCUGCAACUAACGCCAGAUUAUUAUUUGCUUGCUACCGGGACUUCGACAUGGUCGCCGGGACAUUGUGACAGGGAUCGCGAUCUUCCGCCUUUUCAGCGGAGGUACUCCAUCCCCGUCACCGUCCGCCGUCCCAUUGCCGUCUCCAUUGAGCAUUCGCCGGAGCAUUUCCCGACGUGGUUUGGUGACCAGGGAAACCAUGUCGGCAUUUUGACUCUCGCGUGGGCUUACGUUCUGGCCGCGCGGUGGACCGAGAUUGUGCCAGGGGAGACCGUUCUUGAGUACACCGAGAGCCGUGCAGCUUGGGAGGCACCGGCUGCGGGCCACGACGGGGGGGAGAUGGUCGUCAACCUUGGUCCAGUAUCUGACGGCGCCGCGAGGUGGUGGACUGCCAUCCUCGCUCCGGGUCGGGGCUGGACCGCGGACAUGCGCCACCAAGGGGAUAUUCGACAGGCGCCGUGGUCCACUAACCUCCUGCAGACAGGCCGGCCCAUUGUACUCUCGCGAACGUCGGCUGAAACAGAACCUCGGCUUCACAUUCCCGCACCAUCCUUUCGGGUCGCCGCCUGUAUCAUCUCGGCGUACUCGGCAUAUCACGGGGUCGAAAACCAAAGCCGCGCAGCCUUCGCCGCUGCGUUGAUGUUGCCGUCGGCUGGCCGCAUCAAAAGGACCAUCGGGCUCCCGGCUCCCGAAGCGGCCCCCUCAACCAGCAAAACCAACCCGUCUGCAACCUUGGCCCGGCCAGUUGCGCCGUGGGGCAGUGACGUGCACCAACUGGACAGGUUGCUCACACUAAGCUGCAACGACUUCAUUCAGUCGCUCCUAAGCAGUGUGAUAUUUGAGCCGGGCGUACCUUGCAACGUCUGCGGCGCGUGGGUGCAGGGCGCGUUCGCGGUUCUGGAUUCCGAUAUCGCAGAGACCGACUUGCAGCUCCUCACGGGUACCCUCAUGGCUCGAAACCCUAGAAUCGGCUUUCUCUGGAUGGGCGCGACGCUCCUAGGCACACAUGAUUUUGUUCUCCGGGGGAUGAGAGCCUUAUUCUACCCCAUCGACCUGACUCUCGCCGGAUGGACUGACACGUUAAUGUGUUUCAUUCAGGAACCCGUGAGAGAUGCUGUGUCUGCAGAGGAGACGAUAACUCGUGCGGAUGAGUGCCGGAUGCUUUUCCUAUCACAGUCAAGGGAACACACAUACACUCCCUUGACGUCGUUCCAGCCCUUUGGUACUACAGAAAUUGCGGACUGUACCUUGGAGGUUCGGGAGCACGCGCGCUGUGGGGGCUUUCAUGGACUCUGUUAUUCAGGCUGGACGUGGGACUGCCAAAAUGGGGCUCGUGAGGCGAUUCCCUUUGCAUUGGACAGUCUAAUGUCGCCGAAUGGGACAACACCUGAGCAGGAGACGGUAGGGGAUGAUCAAAUAGCGGUCGAUUACAGCGGCAUGGACUGCGAGAGGGACUGUUCGGAGCGUGCAACGCACAACAUGUUCAUGUGGCUCCGGGGCGAGGAUGGCUUCCCUGUCGCCGAAAGAGACAUUCGCGAGCAUGAGUGGAUCGACAACUUCGAGGAAUCAGAGGAUGAAUGUGAUUUUCCGGAGGGAGACGGGCGGUCCACGGCGGGGAGAGGAAACAUUAACGUUGGCCGUUGGCUUACGCGGACGUCGGCGUAUAGGCGUGAUAGUUUUUAUUAACACGAAAAAUGUUGUAGAGAAGGCGAUGCCUAACCCCGGGUGUGUAUUGCGUGUCAUGGUUGAGGAGAG